AGGUAGUUGAGGAAUGCCUAUUAAUUCCUUGGAAAUCUUCUUGGCUAAACACACAGAAGUGAAAAGAAAAAAGAAAUGGCUUCUUCAAUGAUUUCCUCUGCUGCAGUCGCCUCCGUAAGGAGCUCCGCUCCCGCUCAAGCUAGCAUGGUUGCACCAUUCAGCGGCUUGAAAUCCGUCUCCGCAUUCCCAGUUACCCGCAAAUCAAACGAUAUCACCUCCGUUGCCAGCAACGGUGGAAGAGUUAACUGCAUGCAGGUGUGGCCACCAACUGGUUUGAAGAAGUUUGAGACCCUCUCAUACCUUCCCCCAUUGACUGUCGAGCAACUAUCAAAGGAAGUCGACUACCUUCUCCGUAAUGGAUGGGUUCCCUGUUUGGAAUUCGACGCCAGAGGAUUCGUCUACAGAGAACACGGUAACACCCCUGGAUAUUAUGAUGGUCGUUACUGGACAAUGUGGAAGCUACCCAUGUUCGGUUGUACCGACGCUUCCCAGGUUAUCAAGGAGCUAGAAGAGGCCAAGGCUGCAUACCCUGGAUCUUUCAUCAGAAUCAUCGGAUUCGACAACGUUCGUCAAGUACAAUGUGUUAGUUUCAUCGCAUACAAGCCCGAGAGCACCAGCUACGAACAGUAAAAGAUGAAGCUUAAUCAAGGGACAUAAUCCAAUUCAUUUCUGUGUCUUUUUAUUUUGUUUUAAUUUGUUUCUAAUUCGGUUUUAGCGAGUUAUAUUAUUCGUAUCUUUAAAUGGAUUCGAGUGUAUGAGCAACGAUAAUAAUAAUAUCGUCUAAUCCGAUUGUUUUUAUUUGUUUAUCACAA